AGGUAGUUGCCAAAUUUGCAGGUUAUGGCCAACUUCCGCAACGCCGUGAGGUAAUCAGAAACUGAUUCCUCAGCACGUUCGUCGCACUGCUUCCGAGACUUGAAGCGAAAAUUCUCGAGGAUUUCAAGGGGCUCCGGGUUGAAGUGUUCCUCCAGCAGGUCCACGAUCUCCUGGUAGGUCUUCGUCUGCGGCUUCACCGGUGCAAGCUUGUCCGAAAUGGCGUCGUACGUUUCCGCACCCAUGUAAUGCAGCAGCAUCGGCCGCUUCGCGCCAUCUUGGAUGCCGAACAAAAGAAAUGCUCCCUCCAAGCGUUCCACCCAGCGAGACCAUUUCAUUUUGUGACGAUCGAAAGGCUCGACUGUGAACGCCGAUUGCAUCGCAAUUGGCACCGGAGCUUGCCCCCCGGCCUGGCCAUCACCUUGAUCGUCACCCGGAACAAGUGGGUUUUCGUCCGCCAUCGUCGCCAAAACUGUUGUAGCCGUGAGGUUGUGGCCAAUAAAACAAGCACGUUGUUGGAGAGAGCGCGAUGCGACGCGUGUUUAUUCUAGCGAGGUUCUUACACAACUAAAUGGUAUUACCCAAAGCAGAGGAAAAGGGAGUUUGGCAAGUUAGUGACAGUUGCUCUAAUGGGACGGCCACAGAUACAAGUGGUCCUCAUUUGGUCUCACUGGUUAAGGAAAAGCUAGAUGCCACUGAUGUCAACUAUUUGGUAGUCCCGGACGAGGCAGACGUAAUCCAGAAACUGCUCAUCUACCAGUGCGAUGUGCUGAAGGUUCGUGCCGUAUUCACCACCGGUGGUACUGGAUUUGCUCCACGUGAUGUCACUCCGGAGGCCACAAGGGCAGUUCUGACGAAGGAGGCCCCUCAAUUGACGAUGGCAAUGACCUUGACCAGUCUGGAAAAGACCAAGUUCGCCGUCCUGUCACGGGCUGUGUGCGGUGUUCGGGAGAAGACAUUGAUCGUCAACUUUCCCGGCAGUAAAAAAGCCGUUGACGAGUGCUUUCACUCGAUUGUGAAUGUGAUUCCUCACAUUCUUCAGCUGAUGGCCGAUGAGAUUCCGAAGGUUAAGGAGACCCACCGAAAGAUACAGUCUGGCGAAGGCCAUGUGCACGUUUGUCCGCAUGCCACUGGCAAAGGUGGGGACGAUAGAAAUUCUCCAUACCCGAUGUUGGAGGUUGUUGAUGCGUUGGAAAUCAUAAUGUCUACCAUUGCGACUCAGAAGAUUCCGCGGAAGCAGAUAAGCCGGGUCAAUAUUCCUCCGUUCAGGGCGUCGGUCAAAGAUGGGUACGCGCUGAAGUCAUCCGGAGAUAAGGGUGUGAAACGAGUCGUUGGUUACGUGGCCGCUGGUAACGGGAUAAUCCGCGAUUACUUCGACAUCGAUCAGUGCUACAAGAUUAACACCGGCGCUCCUGUUCCGGACCAGGCGGAUGCGGUGAUUCAAAUCGAGGAUACAAAACUAAUUUCCACGGAUAAUGACAUUGAGAAAAUCAUUGAAGUGCUGUCCAGCCCAAGUCCGAACUUGGAUAUUCGUUCCAUCGGCAGUGACCUCCGAAUGGGCGAGGACGUUUUCGAGCAUCGCUACCCGCUGGAUGCUGCCCAGCGGUCACUGUUGGCAUCCAUCGGAGAGACUAUCAACGUGGGGCAGCUGAGGAUUGCGGUCAUUUCUACCGGUGACGAGCUGGUUCACCCUUAUGGGGAUGGAGCCCAAACGGGGACGAUAGAGGGAAAAAUCUUCGAUUCGAACACGACCAUGCUGGUCCAGAUGUUGAGACAGUUUGGUUUCACCGAAGAACAGUGCCUGGUGUCACAGAUUGUCGUUCAUGAUGAUUACCAGUCUCUUCGCAAACAAAUCGAAAUCCUCACAGGAUCGGUGCACGCCAUCCUUUGCACCGGAGGAGUUUCAAUGGGGGACAAAGACUUCGUCAAGCCCGUGCUGAAGGAUCUCGGAUAUGACUUAAAGUUUGGUCGGGUCAACAUGAAGCCCGGCAAGCCGUUUACGUUCGCCAGCAAGGAUAUCACGCGCUUCUUCGGCCUACCCGGCAAUCCAGUUUCGGCCUUCGUUACGUUCCAUUUGUUUGCGCUUCCGGCCCUGAGGAAAUAUCUGGCCACGCUGAAUCAAACGACUUCCAACUUGGCAAAGUGUCAUCUUCCCAAGAUCACCGUCAAGCUCCUAACGGAAAGCUACGAGCUGGAUCCUCGUCCGGAGUACGCCCGGGCCAGCAUCGUCUCCAAGGGUGGUGAACUGUGGGCACAAAUCACUGGCCAACAGAUUAGCAGUCGGCUGAAGAGCAUCGUUGAGGCAGACGUUCUGCUUCACUUGCCUGCGCGAUCGCCAUCAAAGACGACGAUCGUACGCGGAGAGUCGGUGACGGCCUUGACGCUGAGGGCGGAUUUCAUUUCUACAUAUGAGUAGCAGUCAAGAUGAAAUUUUAAGAGUAGCUAGAAGCAAGCACAAUAGAUUAGAAAAUAUGGGGUAGCUGUUCUGCUGAAUAAUUAAAGAAUAAAAAUGUA